CCCGGUGGUCCCAAGGCAGCCCGGGAUUGCAGAGGGCGUGGCAGGGAGAAACGCUAGCCCGCAAGGGGGUCGGGUCUGUGACUUCUCCCCGGAAAAGAGCGAGGAACACGCUCUGCGGGAAAAACUGGACUCCACAGUCUUCCGACGACAAUCCUGGGACAGAGAGUUCAGGAGUUCUCAAGGACAGGUGAACGGCCCCAGGGGAAGGGACAGACCAAGGUCACCAUCUGGACCGCCAUGGCCGCGUCCGCCCGUGGUCUGUGCCACAUCGCUUUCCACGUGCCCGCGGGGCAGCCCCUUGCCCAAGAUCUGCAACGUCUCUUCGGCUUCCAGCCCCUGGCGGUGCGGGAAGCGGAAGGCUGGCGGCAGUUGGCCCUGCGCAGCGGCGACGCGGUCUUUUUGGUGAACGAGGGCGCUGGGCCCCAGGAGCCGCUGUACGGCCUGGACCCACGUCAUGCUGUGCCCAGCGCCACCAACCUGUGCUUCGACGUGGCGGAUACGGGCGCUGCCGCCCAGGCGUUGGUCGCGCGGGGCUGCAGCCUGCCGGUGCCCCCGGUUACCGUGCGGGAUUCUCAGGGCAUCGCCACCUACGCUGUGGUCAGAUCGCCCGUCGGCAACCUCAGCCUGACCCUGCUGGAGCGCGCCGGCUUCGGGGGGCCUUUCCUGCCGGGCUUCAGGCCUUUGCCCUCUGCAACCCGACCAGGCUGGAUCAGCCACGUGGACCACCUGACCCUGGCCUGCACCUGUGGCAGCUCCCCCACACUGAUGCGCUGGUUCCACGACUGCCUAGACUUUCACCACCUGCCACUGAGCCCAGGUGAGGAUCCGGAGCUGGGCCUCCAGGUGACAGCAGGAUCUGGGCAAGGGGGACUGAAGCUUACUGCCCUGCAGACCCCGCCAGGCAGCGCGGUCCCCACCCUUGUGCUGGCCGAGUCCUUGCCAGGGGCUGCCAGUGGACAGGACCAGGUGGAGCAGUUCCUGGCCCGUCACAGGGGACCCGGACUGCAGCAUGUGGGGCUGUACACACCAAACAUAAUGAAAGCCACUGAAGGGGUAGCAGUGGCCGGGGGCCAGCUCCUGGCUCCUCCUGAGGGGUACUACCAGCAGCCGGGUAAGGAAAGGCAAAUUCUAGCUGCUGGGCAUGAGCCUAGCCUGCUGGCCCGACAGGGGAUCCUGCUAGAUGGCGAUGAAGGCAAGUUUCUGCUUCAGGUCUUCACCAAGUCUCUCUUUCCAGAGGACACUUUCUUCCUGGAGCUGAUUCAGAGAGAGGGGGCAACAGGCUUUGGCCAGGGCAACAUCCGGGCCCUGUGGCAGUCGGUGCAGGAGGAGCAAGCCUCCAGGGACCAAGAAACCUGAGGAAGGUUGGCACAGGGCCUGUUGCAACUGAGACACACCUGUGGACACUUGGUGUGGGGAGGGCUUUGUCCCAAGGGGCCAGUACCUGCCAGAACUUGAAUCUCUCACUGGGGUCCAAAGAGGUGGGAUUUUAUUUUUUCUUUUAAACUAUGAAAUGUUGUUACAUAGCCUAAAACUAAUAUAUAUGCAAGAUAUGAAGAA